AUGCUCCGCGUGAUCCAAGUGCACGACGACACGCUGCGAAUGCUGCGGCGCUUAACCGCUGCCAUGACCUACUGCCUCGACGUGCUGCUCCAGUUUCUCGCCGUGCCGUGGUCCAAGGACCUCCACGACCUCGUGGCCGCGACCAAAAAACACCGCGUGACCACUGCGUCGUAUUUUGCGGACUGCGCGUGCGCAUGGGCGUCUACGACGCCAUGGGGUUCGACAUCGACAGCCAACUCUAACGUGGCCGUAGAAUUCGUCUACACAGGCACAGCCGAAGUGCUCGCGGCCGAAGCGAGCGAGUUGGGCGCCAAUGGGCAGAUCGUCAUGACGCGACGCAUUGCCGAAUGA